CAGUCUCUCUCUCUGUGAGGAAGGCGAAAUGGCGCGAAAACCUAGACGUAAUGUGCCGGAGAGUCUACGGGGGUUAUUCGGAGAAAAAGCCAAGAAUCUAAAGGACGCUAUAGUAGAUCUGAUUACCCACCGGAGUAUCCAGCCGGAGCAGUGCCGAUGCAAGGGCCAAGGCUGUCUCGGCUGCAGCCGCGAUAAACCGUCGUUUCUGUUGCGUCCCGAUGACCCCAACCACUACCGUCAACUUCUUCUCCAUCGAUGCUUCGUUGUGCUUCACGAACAAGCCCCUCCGCUGCCGAGUUUCUCGCCGACGUCUUGGUGGUCACAGCGAGAGAUUGUGGAGAAGGUGAUUGAAUCUGGAGGUGAUAGUGGGAAUGUGAUAUGUGCUAGAUAUGACAAGUAUGAACAGUCUAGUUCUUUUCUGGAGUUGUUGACAACUUCUUCUUGCGAGUUUCUUCUCAACCGGAUCGGUCAUGAUUUAAUGGUUUAUCUACUACGACACACAUCGAUAUUCUUACCGUUUCAAGGAAAGAAUCACCAGCAAGUGUCAGGGCCUCCUCUACGUAUCACUCAAAAGGAGACCUUGCCCGUCCACAACAACAAAAGAAAGAGUGACGAGAGCGGGGAACCAUCAAAGAAAAGGCAGCGGGUUUCUUAUACUGUCAAUGACUGCCCUAAGGAUGUGUCUGCAGCUGUUACGUCCAUAGCUUCUGUGGAUGUAGUAGACGAACAUAGAGAGGAGAAACCUAAAAAGCGUUUCCGAUUGUAUCUUAAGCGUCGACGAAAGCAGACAAAGGACAACUGCCCAAAAGUUGACGAUGAGGCACCUUGUGUAACUUCUAGUACAAAUGUUGAAGCCUCAACUGGGAAUGAAGCUGAUGGGAGGAAUCCGCAAAUCAGUAUAAGUGGAAGUCUCACUGAUUUCACAAAGCAGGCUAAACAGGUGAAAGGAAAUAAACAUUUCAAGUUUUCCAACUCGGAAUAUGUUUCAGUUAUACCACCAAAUCACAUUCUGAAAACAUUAAAAGCCAACUACUCUGAUUCAAAGUCCCUGAUGAACCAUAUAUUUGGUGAAGUAAGUGCUUGGUCCGCAGCCCCAUCUCAUGGCAAAGGCAAUUGCCCCAGUGAAUCUAUUUGCUUGUACCAUUCACUGCUCAAGUCUCUUAAAAGUCUAAUUGGAAAAACAAAGUCCUCUUAUUUGAAAACGUUACUAGAUAAACACUGUCCUGUUCUCUUGCCACAAGAGAGUGCGUCCGCAAAUGCGGCUUCUCAGAGUUCCUGGAGGCAAAACUCAGAUAAGCUGCCUCUGUAUUGCACAAAAGACCAAGUAGUUUCCUUUAUUUGGGCCAUCUGUAGCCACAUUAUUCCAGAAGGUUUGCUUGGGACCAAUCAUCAGAUGAGAGUGCUUAGGAGUAACAUUGCCUGGUUUGUUUCUCGGCGUAGAAAUGAGAAAUGCACCGUGACGCAAUUCUUGCAUAAAGUGAAACCAUCAGGUUUCCCAUUCUUUGCCAGUAAACAGUUAUGCUGUAUGGUCAACGGACAUGCACUCCAGAAUGAGUCCAUCAGCAGUACACAGCAGAUGCUGUGCACGAAAUGGAUAUCUUGGCUUUUCUUAGAGAUUGUCAAGAAAUUGGGGCUCUUCAACUUCUAUGCCACUGAAAGGCAAGAUGGGCGGCAGAACAUUUAUUAUUACCGGAAAUGCAACUGGGAGAGGUUAGUGAGCAAAGACAUGAGCAAAACCCUUAAUGGAUAUGUCCAAGUGGAGAAUGCUGAAGUUGAAAUUAGAAGGAAAAAGUUUGAGUUAUCGAAGUAUAGGUUUCUACCAAAGUCAAAUGGUGUGAGGAUGCUGUUAGAUUUUAGUUCCUCGUCAAGGUCGCCUUCUCUUCGUGAUAUACAUGCCGUUUUGAAGGACAUUCAGCUGAAAGAACCAGAUGUCCUUGGGUCUUCUGUUUUUGACCAUGACGACUUCUACAGAAACCUAGGCCCGUAUCUGAAACAUUUGAGGAGUCAAUCUGGGGAACUUCCUCCUUUGUUCCUGGUGGUUGCAGAUGUUCGCAAAGCAUUUGAUUCGAUCGACCAGGGUAAGCUACUUGAUAUUGUGCAAUGUGUCCUGAAAGAUGAACAUAUCUUAAAAAAGUGUAGGCUAAUCUGCUGUGGGAAGAGAUCACGUUGGGUAAACAAUGUACUAGUCUCGACUGAUAAAAAUGAUGCCGUUGCAAGAUUCACAUCAACCUUUCCAUAUAAUGGUCUGCAAAGUAUCAUUGUUGAUCAGGGAGAAAACCACCUAGUAAGGAAAAAGGGUCUCAUGCAGUGGAUCAUCGACAUGCUAAAGAACAACAUGCUGCAAAUCGAUAAAAACUUCUAUGUACAAAUAGCAGGAAUACCUCAGGGACACAAAUUGUCAUCUUUGUUAUGCUGUUUAUACUACGGGCAUCUUGAGAGGACUUUUAUGUACCCGUUCCUCGACAAAGCCUCUGGAGAUGCGUCUACUGGAGAAUGCAGUGGAGUGAGAGAGCUAAUCACUCCCCCAAGCUAUAAGUUACUGAGAUUUAUCGAUGAUUACCUCUUUGUGUCUACCUCAAGAGAACAGGCCACUAGAUUUUAUCAGAGGUUGAAGCAAGGAUUCCCAGAUUACAACUGCUCGAUGAACUACAAGAAAUUCUGCAUAAACUUCGAAGAUGGAGUUGAAUCACAGAAUUCUUCUAACACUAAAAGGAUGUACGUGGGUGAUAAUGGAGUUUCUUUUAUAAGAUGGACGGGUUUGCUUAUCAAUUCCCGCACAUUCGAAGUUCAAGUUGACUACACAAGGUACGUGAGUGGCCAUAUAAGCUCAACCUUCACGGUACCCUGGCAGAACAAACCAGUUGGAAACCUUCGGCAUAAAUUGUGUUACUUCUUGGUCCCUAAAUUGCAUCCCAUUCUCUUUGACUCGAACAUCAACUCGGGAGCAAUUGUCAGGUUAAACAUCUAUCAGAUCUUUCUGUUAGCUGCAAUGAAGUGUCACUGCUAUCUCUACGACCUGGCCCGGUUUUGGAAGCUUCCUCCUCAUACUUUGUCCAAAUUCAUCACAAGAUCUAUCAGGUACAUGUUCAAACUCAUACAUCGAAGGACGCACAAAAUCAACACCGGUUCUAGUUUCAGACCAGUUCUUAAACUGCGCAAAGAAGAAGUGAUGUGGCUUGGCUUACACGCUUACAUUCAAGUACUGAAGAGGAAACACUCCCGAUAUCGAACCCUCUUGAAUUAUUUGGGAUCUGCGCUUUCGAAACUGGAUGUUCCUCUGGAUCUAUCGCCGGAUCUGGAUUAUGCAACGAACCGAUCAAACUCAUCUAUCCUGUGGAGACUGAGUUACUGAUCCUAUAUGUUUGAAGCUGUACUAAGCGGGUUAAUUUGAUUUCUCUCUUUUUUUUCUGAAACUUGAAGGUUAUUUUGGUGGUUAUCUCUUUCUAUGUAUAACUGUUUGGAUUAUUGAAUAUAUAUAUAUA